CGACCAAAAAGCGAGUAGUGACCAUAGAGAGAUUGUGGAAACUGGAAACGAAACGAAAUUUUAGCCGACAUCGAUUUACGGAAGCGGUGUGAACGGAUUCUCGGAUAUAUUUUUUGUAAACGGGAAGAAAUAUCGCUCUAAGCGGUAUUAUGGUGGUGCUAGUGCUUUAGAACGUUAAAAAACGUUAGUGCUUUUUAGUUUUAUGGUAUUAUGUUGAAGGUGUGCUUAGUGUAAGUUUUAUCGUACUCAAGAGUAGUGAAUCUGUGUGGAGAUCAGAAAUCGACGGAUCUAUUACGGGAGCUAAAAGCCGAUUGUGUAUGAGUGGACCAUAAGCGCGGAUCGACACACUAUCAUAUAAACAAACAAAAUGGCGGACACAGACACGGAGACGUUACCGAACGGCACCGGCACGCUGUCGGCGGAGGAGGAGGAGCGGCUGAAGCAGCGGCCGGCGGACAUCGACGCGGACGUGCGCGAGAUGGAACGGCGCAAGCGCGUGGAGGCGCUGAUGUCGUCGAAGCUGUUCCGCGAGGAGCUGGAGCGCGUGCUCGACCAGCAGAUGCACGAGGGCGGCGACGCGCCCCUGCUGCAGCGCAUCCGCGAGAUGGUCGGUGGCCGCCUGCAUACCGGCAGCCUGCGGGGCCCGAGCUGCGUGCUGCCCAUCAACGACAUCCGCGGCAUCGAGGGUGUGGGCUACGAGAAGGGGGAGAAGAUCCUGCGCUGCAAGCUCGCCGCCGUCUACCGCCUCGUCGACCUGUUCGGGUGGACGCAGACGGGGUACUCCGGCCAGAUCACGGCGCGCCUGAACACGGCGGUGGAGCAGGUGCUGACGACGCCGCGCGGGCUGCUGCCGCACGAGGUCACCGCCUCCUCCCUCGUCAAGGUCGACAUGCAGGGCACCGUCCAGGACCAGGGCACCACCAACUUCCCCGUCAACGUCGAAGGGUUCUCCCUGCACGCGGGCAUCCACGCGGCGCGGCCUGACGUGCGGUGCGUGCUGCACGUGCGCUCGCCGGCGGCGCUGGCGGUGUCGUGCACCAAGCGCGGCCUGCUGCCGCUCUCGCACGAGGCGGCGCUGCUGGGCGAGGUGGCGUACCACACCGCGCCGGCGGGCACGCUGGACGCGGAGGAGCAGGACCGCGUGUUCCGCGCGCUGGGCCCGCACGGCCGCGUGCUGGUGGUGAGCGGCGCCGGCGCGCUGUGCUGCGGCGCGACGCUCGAGGAGGCCUUCUACCUCGCCAAGAACCUCACCGCAGCCGCCGAGGUUCAGCUGCGUCUCGCCGCGCUGCCGCUCGAUGACUUGCAGAUCAUCGACGAGGAGACUAGGCGACAGAUCUACGAGUCUUCCCGCAAGCCGCCGGGCGACGCGGUGAAGUGGCGAGUUGGCGGGGAGGAGUUCGAGGCGCUGAUGCGGAUGCUCGACAACGCCGGCUUCCGCACCGGCUACAUCUACCGCCAUCCGCUCAUCAAGAACGAUGUGCCGAAGCCGAAGAACGACGUGGAGGUGCCGCCGGCGGUCUCCUCGCUCGGCUACCUGCUCGAGGAGGAGGAGCUCUACAAGCAGGGAAUAUGGAAGAAGGGCCAGGGCAAGACGGGCGAGCGCACACGCUGGCUGAACUCCCCCAACGUCUACCAGAAGGUGGAGGUGCUGGAGACCGGCACCAGCGACCCCAAGAAGAUCACCAAGUGGGUGGGCGCUAACGACGACGAGUGGGUGCAAGACAACGGCUCGCCCGCUCACUCCACGCCGGUCAAAAUCGACACGCUACAGUUCGUGCCCAAAAACACAAACCCCAAGGAGUUCAAAGCGCUGCAGCAGCAGAUCAAGGACAACCGUCGCGCGGACAAGAUCAGCGCGGGCCCGCAGUCGCACAUCCUGGAGGGCGUCACGUGGGACGAGGCCUCCAAGCUCGUCGGCGAGGACGCCGCCAACACGCACACCGGAGAUCACGUGGUGCUGAUGGGCGCGGCGUCGAAGGGCAUAAUCCAGCGCGGGUACCAGCACAACGCGACCAUGUACAGCGCGCCCUACGCCCGCAACCCCUUCGACCACGUCACCGAGUCUGAGAUCGACGAGUACCGCCGCACCGUUGAGCGCAAGCAGCGCGGCGACUACGACACGGACAUAUCGGAGUCGGAGGCGGUGAGCGCGGCGCAGAUCACGUCGCCCAACACCGCGCCCUCCGAUACUGAGGAGGAGUCGCGAGAUGAGCACCGCGUCCUCAGAAUAGAGACGAAACAAGUGCCAGUGAGGAGCCAGCCCGAGGUCGUGCUCAGCGAUGUGGACACGACAGACUUCUUGGCCGCCGAGCGCGCGCACGCCGAUCGGACCAGAGACGACCGCGACCCGAACCUGCUGUCUGACGACGAGGUGUUCGUGGACUCGGCGUCGCUGCCGUCGUCCGUGUCUCUGCCGGUGACGGCGCCCGCGCAGGUCGUCGUGCGAGCCCACUACCAUGCCGUCCACGGCUCCGUGGGCAAAGCUUACGGGUGGUUCCGUCAGCGGAGCUUCCUCCUCAUACCGUACGCCGGCGAGCACACCGUGAACGGGGACCACUCCGACGCCCACCAGAGCACCUUCUCCCACAGCAGUAAAGAGGGUUCUCCGUCGAAGGAAGUGUCGACAGAAGACUCCCCGAAGAAGGACAAGAAGAAGAAGAAGGGUCUGCGGACGCCCUCCUUCCUCAAGAAGAAGAAGGAGAAAAAGAAGGAGAAGUCCAGCACGCCCCAGCCCGCCUAAAGAUAAAACUCAACCACCAUCACUGCCAUCGCUUACAAGUUAAUGAAGGAGCGGACAGGACUCGGGAACAACCGCACCCACCCCCGCAGCUCGCAGUGCCGCCGCCCCCCGCGCCCCGCCCCCGUCUAACGUUAUUUCGUGUCUAUGGAUAGAGUUAUCCCUGUCAAAAUUUAUGUCAAAUAUGACGAUGUUUUUAUGAUAUACUGCAUGCUUAUAUACGUAAGGUAUACGUACCUCCCCGCGUCGCCCGCCCGCGGCGGUCGGCGGUACUGCGGCCCGCGACAGUUAUAAUAUAUUUAUGCUUCAUUUGUUUUAACCGCGAGAGCAUUUAGCUUUAGACGUAGGACGCCGUCGAGUUUAUUCGCUCGUUGCGACUUUCGACCCCAACAGCCUCACCUAAAACUACUAAAAGUUUACUUUCUAAAGUUUCAACUUCCGACGCCCGCUUCCCGCCGGCGUCGCCGCACUCGCGACUCUUGCUAGGAUCCCGACCAUUCGGUAGCUUUUAACGUAAAGUGUCGAUUUAAUGCUCUAGGUUACGAUAGAUUUUGUAUGCCGCGGCGCGUCGUCGCGCGGCCGCGCCCGCCGCCCGGCGCGAGCCGACGGCGGACGGCAUGUAAUGCUUUUCGUGUUAGGGGCCUCCCCGCGCCAUUCGUGCUUUUCGACAGAGUCGCGGGCAACGUCCGCCCGGUGCGCCGGGGGCACGCUGCCCUGACGCUGCUAACUCUAAAUUAUAUAUAAAAUAUAGCACUCUAUAUGUAAAGUUAAUUUUAUCGGCUAGCCUACGUUCGUAGAUUAAAUUAUUUUCGUCGGUCGCGGCGGCCGACACGGCCGGCGGACGCCGCCGGACGCGAUCCGGCUCGAGCGCGGCCGUGUCGGCGCCGCGCGGGCCCGCCCCGCCCCGCCCCCCGCGCCGCUCGCCGGCCGCACCCGGGCGGGCCCAUCAAUUUGACAUUACCUAGAGUAAGUCUAGAGUUGUUAAAAUGACAAGUUGAUUUUUUAUUGUAUGUUAUACGUGGCGAGAGUCGGCCGCAGCCGCGCCCGUCGUCGCUCUCCAGGAAACCGUCGAUCCUCUCUCUAUCGCUAUAUUUUUGUAGUCACUUCCGUAAGAAACCCUUCCGACAUAUCCGCGCACCUCCUCCAGCACUGCCAUUUUCUGUGUUAUAUAUUAACAGAUAGGGACAAAUGGCGCCGAGCCAGUACGAGUACGAAGGUGUUUCCGCAAUUCUCCGCGAUUGUCACGAACAUUCUGAGCGAGUACGUAGUGUCUGUAUCCGUCGACGUCGUGUUUAGUUUGAACGUUAAAAUUACGAGCGAUGUUCAGUUGUACAUAAUGCUGCACGCGUGAUGCGGCGCGACUCGCGGCGCGGCCGACGCCCGAUCCCCAGCUUAUGAGUAAUGUUUAAGUGAUUAUUUAGUAUCUUGUGGAACUAUGACACCGGCAUUCUAUGCAAUUCGUGUAUUUGUAAUAAAAAAUAAAUUAUUAGUUUUAAA